UCAUCUGAUAUAUCCAUACAGACAAAAAAUAAGAGGAACGACGCUUUUACAUUCAAAAUGAGAUCUGCUCUUGCUGUGCUUACUUUACUCUUCCUUUUCUUGUUUGGUGAUACUAUAGAAUCAAGAAAAGAUCUAAAUGAAUAUUGGAAAACUGUUAUGAAAGAUGAAGAGAUGCCAGAGGGAAUUCAAGGACUUCUUCAACUGAAAUCUGAGAUCGAACCUUUGAAGAAAUCCAAAGCCCAAGAACAACUUGCCAAAGGUAAAUGUGAUGAGCAUUCCGUGAACAACGAGUUUGAACAAAUACCAAGUGCUGCACAAUAUGACGGUGAUGGUUAUAAGAGUGUUAAAUUACCGGUGAACAACGAGUUUGAACCCAUACCAAGUGCUACAAGGUAUGAUGGUGAUGGUUAUAAGAGUAUGAAACUACCGUUUAACAACGAGUUUGAACCCAUACCAAGUGCUACAAGGUAUGACGGUGAUGGUUAUAAGAGUGUUAAACUACCGGUGAACAACGAGUUUGAACCCAUACCAAGUGCUACAAGGUAUGACGGUGAUGAUUAUAAGAGUGUUAAACUACCGGUGAACAACGAGUUUGAACCAAUACCAAGUCUGUCAAAGUAUAAUGAUUAAAUAAAAUAAAUAAAAAUGGGAAUGUGGCAGCCUCAAAAUAAAAUGUGUGCUUAAGUGUAUCCAAUAAUAAUAACUUUGGUGUGAUGUAUUAUGUGGUCUUUGAAUAAAUCAAUAUGUAUAACUUGGAUGAUUUAGAAUCAUUUUAAUAAUAAUGUAAGAUCUUUCCUUUGUUA